AUGGGGGCUCUAGCCCGGGAGAUGGCGGGGGCAUUGAGGGAGUCCAUGAACGUACUUAGGGCGGAGACCCAAGUUAGGGAGAAUGCUGUUGAGACACGAGCGAGCUUCCUCACGAGGGAGUUCUUGCGGGCCAAGUCGGAUGAGUUCCAUGGCGGCCCCGAGCCAAAGAAAGCGGAUAAAUGCCUUGAACAGACAGUGAAGACAUUCGAGAUGCCUCACAUAGAAAAUAGUGUGCUUAGAGUGACUCUUACAAGUUACUAUCUCAAAGGUGACGCGGGUCAAUGGUUGAAGUAUGCCAAGCGUCGAAUAGAGUCGACUUGGGAGGCGUUUGUGGUGGCUUUCCAAGACAAGUAUCUUCCUCCCACUGCUAGGGAGAGGUUGUGGCAGGAGUUUAAGGACCUUAAGCAACUCAAUAUGUCCGUGGCCGAGUUUGAAGCAGCCUUUUCAAGUUUGUCCCGGUUUGCACCGGAAUUGGUAGUGACAGAAGAACGCCGUUGCAUCGAGUUUGAGCAGAGAUUGAGAACUUAG